UUUUCUUUAUAUUUUCUUUUAGUUCUGUCAAGGAUUAUUUUAUUUCAAGUAACAUGUUUCUUAUGCUUUUAGUUUUGCUUAAAUAACCCUAUGAACUGACCAAUACAGAGAUGAGUCAUGCAAUACCUUUUUAAAGAUAUUAAUAUUUGUUGUUUGUUUGAAAGUUUCAGGAAACUAGUGUCAGAGUUUGAGCCUGAGGUGCACGAGGUCCCCAAACUGUUCCGGGGGGUCCUAAGAAACUGCCUGGAUGAGCUUCAGGGAGAUGCAGAGCUUCAGGAUGGGGUGAACCGUUGGGAACAAAAGCGCAGCAAGAGCCUCUCCUUCGUCACGUUCCGAUCCAAGUUCCGCACCCUGAACCGUGGAAAGGGAAGCUUCGGUGGUUCCCGCAACAACCUGCAAGAAGAAAACACGUGGUCUGAUGAAGAAGAGGAAGCAGCCGAACAGGAGACAACUGCCAUGCGCACCAGGAAGGGACGGAGCCUCAGCAUGCCAGAGAUCACUCCUCUUGAGCAGGCGGCCCAGCGCUGAACACGAGGAAGACGAGAUGCACAGAAAGACAGAGGAAAGAAGAAUUUGAAAAGCUUGAAGGAAAUGCAGCCUUCAAGGUAAGUUGGCAAUGGAAGAGGAAGAAAAGAGAAGGUGGCAAAGAACAAGAGAAGGGGAAGAAAAAUAUGAUUCUAGGAGACAUCCUGAAAGACUAAAGCUUAUGCUUUCAGAUUGUAAGACAAACACUGUUAAUUUGUUAAAUUAAACCAAAGAACACUUGUAUAGGCAUAUGUAAAACACAUACAGCCUAGUCUUUUUUUUUUUAACUUUCUAAUGUGUGCUUAAAUAUUUUGAAUAUUUGGAUGUAAAUAUAAAUGUGAAUAUUUGACAAAUGUAUGCAUUUUCACACGUUGAGCUCACAAAACAUGUCAAGAGUAUGACCAGGUCAUACAUACAAAAAAAGGGGAAUUUAUAAAAGGGGGGGGGGGGGUUUUU